UCGCAGUGGAAUGGAUGAGAAACCAGUUGUACUGGACUGAUACGACAGAUGAUGUUAUACGAGUAUCAGACCUAGAGGGCAAAAAUACCCGUAUCUUAAUUUCUUUAGGUCUUGAUGAGCCUCGAGGGAUUGUACUUGACCCUGAGCGCGGUUCCAUGUUCUGGACUGAUUGGGGAGCUGCGCCAAAAAUAGAAACAGCAGCAUUAAAUGGAACUGAGCGCAUUACCCUGGUGAACACAAGUCUUCAAUGGCCGAACGGCAUCACUCUUGAUAGGAAACGCAUGCUCGUAUUCUGGGUUGAUUCCGGGACAGACACACUGGAGUCAAUUAAUUAUGAUGGCAACAACAGAACUUUGCUUUUCGUGAAAAUCGAUUUUCACCUUUUUGGAGUAACUUUUAAUUCUCCCUAUAUAUUCGUAUCUGAAUGGGAUUACAAAAGUGUUUACAAAAUGAACAUUUCCAGUGGGACGAUAGCUGGGACACAUUAUUUUGGCGGCCUAAACAAGAUCAUGGGAAUUGUGCCGUUCGACAGCUCUUGGCAGCGGCGGGGGUCUGGUUCUCCAAAAAGAAAAUGUCAGCAGAAUGGUACCUGGAGUGGACAAGAGUUUAUUAAUUGUGGUAAUCAGCAUGGAACAAAAUGUAACUUUUCUUGUCCUAUUGGUUAUCGUUUGAAUGGAUCAUCAGUGAUAACGUGUGUUGCCCCUGGUAACCAACAUCCUGGAGUGUGGAACGACUCUGUACCGACCUGUGAAGUUGUGAUGUGCCCUCUCCCGAUGCCGCCAGCCAAUAGUGUUCGACAAGGAUGCUCUGGGAAUGCAACAGAAUACCCAUAUAGCACUGAGUGUCAGUUCUCCUGCAUUGAGGGUUACACACCAAAUGGUUCUAGCUUGAGAAAAUGCCAAGACAACGGGCUCUGGAGCGGAGGGGGGGAAUUUUAUUGCGAGAGAAUACUAUGUGAGUCUCUUCAACUUCCUCCCAGUAUGAGAACGAACGGCUCUUGCAGCCCGUUACCUGGCAACGCUUGUCAGUUUACCUGCGAACGAGGCUUGAACUUGAUUGGCUCAGCAGUCAGGUGGUGUGAUAAAGAUGGAUCAUGGACCGGCAUGCAACCUCGAUGUGAAGUGAUCGCCUGCCCAGUGUUAUCACUACCGACCAAUGGUGUACUCUUGGGAUGUAACACCAAUACGACGGAGAUGUUAUAUGGCGCAGAAUGCAGGUUCUCUUGUGAGGAUGGAUCUGUAGCAACUGGUUCAACAGUGAGGAGAUGUACAGAAAAUGCAACCUGGACUGGGAUAGAUCUUCAGUGUGCAGGUAUAAGAUCUGAGAACAAUUGGAAUCAUGAAAAUUUAAAAAUUGAUCAUUAGAGAAUUCUGCACAUCAUUUCGAUUGGCGUUCUUGAUCAUGAAA